AUGGUUCAUUUAGCUCCAAAGGCUCUUCAACAUAGAAAAGGUACUUUUACUGAUGUACCACCUGAAUUGUUAAAAGAAGUUAAAAAUUUAGAAUCUCAAUUUUAUGUAAAUGGUGAUAAAUUAAGAGAAAUAGUUGAUCAUUUUGUUGGUGAAUUAGAUAAAGGUUUAUCUAAAGAAGGUGGUAAUAUUCCAAUGAUUCCUGGUUGGGUUAUGGAAUAUCCAACUGGUAAAGAAACUGGUGAUUAUUUAGCAAUUGAUUUAGGUGGUACUAAUUUAAGAGUUGUUUUAGUUAGAUUAGGUGGUAAUAGAGAUUUUGAUACUACUCAAUGUAAAUUUCAAUUACCUGAUCAUUUAAGAACUGGUAAAUCUGAAGAUUUAUGGGUUUUCAUUGCUGAAUGUUUAAAAAAUUUUGUUGACGAAGUAUUUCCUGAUGGUUGUAAGGAAACUUUACCCUUGGGUUUUACAUUUUCAUAUCCUGCUUCACAAGAAAAAAUUAAUCAAGGUAUUUUACAAAGAUGGACAAAAGGUUGGUCAAUUGAUGGUGUUGAAGGAAAAGAUGUUGUUCCAAUGUUACAAGAAGCUAUUGAAAAAGUUGGUGUUUCAAUUGAUGUUGUUGCUUUAAUUAAUGAUACUACUGGUACUUUAGUUGCUUCAAUGUAUACUGAUCCAGAAGCAAAAUUGGGUUUAAUUUUUGGUACGGGUGUAAAUGGUGCUUAUUUUGAUGUUGUUAAAGAUAUUCCUAAAUUAGAAGGUAAAUGUCCUCAAGAUAUUUUACCUGAUUCUCCAAUGGCUAUAAAUUGUGAAUAUGGUUCAUUUGAUAAUGAAAAAUUAAUAUUACCAAGAACAAAAUAUGAUGUUAGAAUUGAUGAAGAGAGUCCAAGACGAGGUCAACAAACUUUUGAAAAAAUGAAUUCUGGUUAUUAUCUUGGUGAAAUUUUAAGAUUUAUUUUAUUAGAAUUAGCUGAAGAGAAACAUUUAAUUUUUAAAGGUCAAGAUUUAACAAAUUUGAAAAAACCAUUUAUAAUGGACACUUCUUUCCCGUCAAAAAUUGAAGAAGAUCCAUUUGAAAAUUUAUCAGAAGUUGCAGAAUUAUUUGAAUCAAAAUUGGGUAUUACUACAACUGUUCCUGAAAGAAAAGUAAUUAGAAAAAUUGCUGAAUUAGUUGGUGAAAGAUCUGCAAGAUUAUCAGUUUGUGGUAUAGCUGCAAUUUGUAAAAAAAGAGGUUAUAAAACUGCUCAUUGUGCAGCUGAUGGUUCAGUUUAUAAUAAAUAUCCAGGUUUCAAAAUUAGAGCUGCUAAAUCAUUAAGAGAUAUUUUCCAAUGGGGUGAUGAUAUAAAACAAGAUCCGAUUGUUAUUGUACCUGCUGAAGAUGGUUCAGGUGUUGGUGCAGCCAUAAUUGCUGCAUUAACUGAAAAGAGAUUGAAAGAUGGUAAAUCUGUUGGUCUUAAAAAUGCAUAA